GUCACAUGAAUAAGGUUUCAUGCAGGCAAAAUAUUUCUCAGCAGUGUUUAUUUCAAGUGAUGGCUGGUACAGCAAAUAUAUCUGGCUAGCGAUGUUGACAUCAACUGCUCUUACUUAUUGUUAUGAAAACAAGUUUUACUGAAUGCUAAUGAAAAUAUUUACGGAACAGAGGUAAUGGUAGGUAAUUUCAUGCAAAAAGACUCUUAACACUACGUUAAGCUACUUCAGCGAAAGACUAGCUUGUUUGCUAGAUUGACAUGUUGCGAUGGAUACUCGGAGGUCGGGAAGCUCAGGGUGCAGUCGAGAGAAACACAGUCCUGUUCAUUGGGGAGGAACAGCCCAAAAACUCUUACACAGAACUGCAGGUGCUGAAAGGACACUUUGACAUGGUUCGAUUUCUGGUGCAGAUUGAUGACUUCAGGUUUGCGUCGGCUGGAGAUGACGGACUGGUGCUGGUGUGGAAUGCUCAGACGGGCGAGCGUCUCCAGGAACUACGAGGCCACUCCCAGCAGAUCACCGCCAUGACGGCCUACAGCUGGAUCACUGGAGACACUGACCACACCGGCCUCAUCACCGCCUCCUCCGACCGGACCCUCAGCCUGUGGGAUCCCGAGACUGGGAAUCGGGUGCAGACAGUGUCUGAUCUGCAGUCUUCAGCCAAGUGCCUGCUGGUGUUGAGUCGCCUUGAUUUGUGGAUCUCUGGGGGGAAUGAGCUGUGCGUGUGGGACAGAGACUUCCAUCUCCUCUGUAAGACGGAUCACCACAGUGACGCAGGAAUCACCGCCAUGGUUGAAUUGCCAAAGAACUGCAUCGCAGCAGCUAUGGACAAAGAGAUCGUAAUUUACAGGCUGAGCGCGUCAUCAUCCAGACUGGACACGUUGGUUAGAGAAGUGCGCAGGCUGACAGACCACCAGGACAGCAUCCGGGCUCUGAUCAGCAUCAAUGACCAGGCGUUCGCCAGUGGCUCCCACGUAGGCGAGCUGAUCGUCUGGGACUCCCUGGACUGGAGCAUCCUCACCUACGAGCGCAUCCUGUGGGAAGAGCCCCGCCCCGAGGGCCAGGCCGAAAUCCACCUCAGCUCCCAGAAGCAGAGCGAGAUGUGCGUCCAGCACCUGGCCACGGACGGAGAGUGUGUUGUUGCUGCGGUCGGGAGCGGACUGUACCUCUACAACGUAUCCAGGAGGGGUGUAGUCGCCUACAGGAAGGCCGCCCAUGACUCCAACAUCCUCCACACCAUGCUGCUGCCUGACGGACAGCUGCUGUCCUGCUCUGAGGACGGCAGUGUGAGGAUGUGGGAACUCCAGGACCUCCCCUUACCUGCAGAGCCGGCCCCCACAGGAUUCUUUGGGAUGUGGACUUUCGGGAGGCCGAGUAAGCAAGCCAGCCAGCAGGCAAAGAAGGUUCCAGAAGUCUCAGGACUGCGCACCUUGGAGCUGACGGGGGAUCUCAUUGGACACUCCGGAGCUGUGCAGAUGUUUGUGUACUUUGUGGACCUGGGGCUGGUGACCUGCUCCACAGAUCAGCUAAUCAUCGUGUGGAAGAGCGGAGAGAGGGAGUCCAGAUUCCGCAGCCUAGCUCUGUUCCACAAGCUGGAGGACAGCCAGGGACUAUGACACCCAGCGCCUUACACUGUCACUUCUGUUUUAAGCCCUAAUUUAUUGGUAUAAAUGUCAUUAUUUAAUUAUGUUUCUUCUGAACAAGUGUUCUUAAAUGUUGAUCAAAGCAUGCUGCCUCGUGUUUUUUUGUUUUUUUUACGUGAACCUUUCUGACGUUGUGGAUGUAACAUGCACCGCUCAGUGUUGUGUGUGUGGAUUGUACGGUACGUUUUUAAACACGCUUGGCCUUCAUGUGCAAAUGUCAAAAACUGACUUGUAGAUCUGAUUUUAAUUUGACUAAAAUAUUUUAACAGUAUUUUAAAACUGGAAUCGUUUGUGUCCUAGGAAUUUACAAGUUGGUCUUAAAAACAUGCUCAUUUUAACUGUGAAUAAUGGCAAUUAACUUUAUUGCAUUUAAUUAAUUCCUUAAAAAAUAAAGUAUUAUUUAGUUUCACCA